AUGAAUCUUUCUCCCAUAUCUCAGUUCCGUCCAGUAGCCUUCGUCUUCACCAACCAGCCGCCACUUUGGACCACUCUCUUCUGCAACCCAACACCGCCCCAGGUCACCCGCAGCAAGCUGCCACGCCGCUCUCCGCCAACAUCACGGCCCGCCUUUGCUACUAGCACCAGCAGCCACCGCCAGCAGCGCCUGUGGCCUCCUCCGAGCGGAGCACUCCCAUCCUCAUCACCGCCUCUAUUCCUGACGCAGCAAGCCGCCACGCCGCUCUUCGCCAACCUCACGGCCAGCCUCUGCUCCAGCCAUCACCGCUGCACAAACCCACUCCUGCUCCCGGCAAGAUCCCCCAGUUCUCCGGCGGUAUUCCCCCUCUGCAAGUACCUCCAUUACACCACUCUGCGGCCUCACGACCCCCGCCCCUCUUCUCCAUCCCGCAGACGGCCCGCUGCCCAGCCACCACCACCGCACGAAUCUUUCUCCCAUAUCUCAGUUCCGUCCAGUAGCCUUCGUCUUCACCAACCAGCCGCCACUUUGGACCACUCUCUUCUGCAACCCAACACCGCCCCAGGUCACCCGCAGCAAGCCGCCACGCUGCUCUCCGCCAACCUCACGGCCCGCCUUUGCUACCAGCACCAGCAGCCACCGCCAGCAGCGCCUGUGGCCUCCUCCGAGCGGAGCACUCCCAUCCUCAUCACCGCCUCUAUUCCUGACGCAGCAAGCCGCCACGCCGCUCUUCGCCAACCUCAUGGCCAGCCUCUGCUCCAGCCAUCACCGCUGCACAAACCCACUCCUGCUCCCGGCAAGAUCCCCCAGUUCUCCGGCGGUAUUCCCCCUCUGCAAGUACCUCCAUUGUAA